AUGCUUCGAUCAGUCGAGCAGCGAGGUCACGAGGCCGUGUCCCUGAAGAAUCAGCCAUGGCGAAUUUCUGACAACGGGACCGCUGAUGAAGUGCGGGCGUUGUUUGGGCAGCUGGUCAGGGCGAGUCCCCAGAACAUCGCGCUCACGCCUUCCACGUCAUAUGCCAUCUCGCAGGCGGCGCACAACAUCUUGAGGUCUGGACGUGUGUCUUCAGGUGAGAUAAUCCUUGUCCUGCAGAAUCAGAUGAGCUCCAACGUCUACGCCUGGCAGCGCAUUUGCCGCGAAAGUGGAGCGCGCUUGGUGGCCGUCCCACAGCCGCAGCCAGACGAGGAAGCCGAUCGACAGCCAAAGCGCCAGAGAACGGAUUCCUCACUGUCAGGGAUGGUUUUGUCCCCUUGGGACCACGCGCUGGAAGCCGCUAUUCGGCUUCACGCGCAGAGCACCCGGAUCGCAGUGGUGGCUGUUCCCCACUUCCUGUGGACCGAUGGUUCUGGGCCUAUCAAUCUGCAUCGUUUGCGAUCGGUGUUGGACGAAGUCAUGCAGGGGCAGCGAACUGUGUUGGUGGUGGAUGCCACUCAGUCCCUAGGUGUGGUGCCAAUCCAGGCGGAAUCGUGGGGCAUUGACUGGUUAGCAUGCUCUGUGCACAAAUGGCUCUUCGGGCCUUAUGGCCUUUCGUUGGUUUACGUGGCGCCUGAGUGGAGCCAGGAGCCAGUGACAGAGCCCAUCGUCCAGGAUGAACACAACCGCCUUGGUGCAGAUGGCGACAUUUGCCUUCCGUUUGAUCUCGACGUGCCGGGCUACUCAGAAGACUUCCAGGAGGGCGCAAAGAAGUUCGACGCGGGCGGCCGCGUGAAUCCGAUCCUAAUGCCCAUGGUUGCCAGGGCUCUGAAGCAGGUCCUGGAUUGGCACCCUGACCGCAUCAGCACAACCCUUGCGCCACUAACGGCACAAUGCGCAGAGGGCGCCACCAGAAUGGGCCUCCACGUGCCAUCAUGGCAUGCGCCACACUUCCUUGGAAUCGGCCCAAAUGUUGAAGACAUUGAUGGGGAAAUUCAGGGUCAUGAUCCUCCUUGCAGCCAAUCGCUGGCUGCAGAACGAUGGGCUGACGCUGCAGCUGCAAACAUGAAGAGAAACGGUAUUCACGUUUCCUCGCGGGCUGGAGUUUUGCGGGUAGCACCGCAUGUUUACAACUUGCCCAGUGACAUUGAUGCCUUCCUCAGUGCGCUGGCUACUUUCAGACGGAACCACAGGUAG